AGGUCUUGGUGGAGAGACCGGAGAGGACGGAGGCUGUCGGGUCACCGAUGCUGCAGAAAAUCUAGCUCUCCAGAAAUACCGAAAGGCGGCUAAGUUUUGUUCAGAAUGCGUCCCUAAUUCACCGACUUUGAUUUACAGGGAAGAAACCUAACCUUCUGAUAAAAGCUUCGCUAUUUUUUAUUAUUCCUGGAGAGCUACUUCGCCUCGUUUCCAAACAUGAUCGGGAGAGGACUGUUCCUUUUGACAAUCCUGUCUAGCUGCGUCCUUUCAUUGCCAGUGACUUCGAGUCAGCUGGAGAAUGAGGACGUAAAGGUGAUGAAAUGCAUCGUGGAGGCGCUGGCAGAUGUCCUAUCGAGGCCACACCCCAUGCCUGUCAGUCAGGAGUGUUUGGCCACACUGAAGACGGAUGACCGACUUGUUACUAUCCUUCGUCAUCAAAACUUUCUGAAGGAGAUGCAGGAGAUCGCUGCUCAAGGUGGUCGGGGGAGAGCUGAUACGCCUACAGCAGCAGCACCGACCCUUCAGGCUACAGAUGAUGUCCCUGAUCGAUCCAUGUUGGAGGCUUUAGGAGGCCCCGGCGAACGAUCUAUCCUGUCCAAGAGGACGGGAGCUGGAAAAGAUGAAAAGGAAGCAGGCAUGGAAGACGGCGAGUUGCAGGGGGACAAUGAAGCUGAAGAAGUGCAGGUGAAAUGGGAGAGUGAUGAAAGCCCGGGAAGCCACGUCUCUGAGUCUGCAGAGGAGUGGAGGGAGGGCGAGGAUGAAAAGAGGGAGGAAGAUGAAGAAGGCUAUGACAAGAAGCGAGCAGAGGAGAUUUCAGAAGAGGAGAGCAAAG